AUGGAAAUUGUAUACGUUAAAAAAUUUAUAAUAAUGAAAUCAUCGCGGCGAGCUAAGGUUUUUACUAAACCUACGGUUCGUCCGAUGUUUAAUAAUUAUAAUUUUGUAUCUGUAAAUUCAUCUAAGCCAAUUAAGAAAUCAAAACCUCAAGCUCAAUCUAGAAAUCCAAAUAUUAACUUUGAAAUGAAAGUGAAACCUCCUAGUGAAAAUCCACCUGUCAGUGCUCGCAGAAAAAGGGAUAAUCCAUAUCUUUUAACACCAAAAGAUCAGCCAAAAUACAUCGAUCAUUUGUCAACAUUAAAAAGGAAAGCAGAAACAGGAAAUUAUUUAAACGAUAUUUGUCCUAUUUGUAAAUCAAAACUUGGUAGUGAUAAUCUUGUGAUCCUAUCAUGCGGACAUUUUGUACAUCAUUCAUGUCUUUCUUGUUUUUGCAGGCUAACAAAAGAAAAGAUACCAAAAUGUCCAGUAUGUCAUGCUGUAUACAAAGUAAUUGAUCUGCAUAUUAAUGAAAAAUUACUUCAAAGUUCAGCAAUCAAGAUACAAAAAGUAAUUAGAAGAUAUUUAAUCAGAAAAAGGAUUCCAGAAUUCGCUCCAACUGGUUCUAUUAUGAUGAAGAAGUGGGUGGUUCGUCAGGCAGAAAGAGCAAGUAGUAGAUUAACAAGUGCAAUGGAACAUCAGAAUGAUUGUGUUGAUGCAAUCAUAAAUUCCAUUGAUCAUGAACUCGAAUGGGCUAGAAGCAUUAUGAAGUCUGUUGAAAUGCGGGCAAGAGAUAUAAAUUGGAAAGAAGUCAGAGAUAAAAUUAUUGAAAGAAAUUCAUUUACAUGUACGAUUUGUCUUAGAGAAAUAGACGAAGAUGAAUGCGAGAUUACAUCUUGUGGACAUUGCUUCCAUGAAUCUUGCUUAAAUUCAUGGAUGGAUUAUUGUUCACAUCAAAAUAUACAGGCAAAUUGUCCUGAAUGUCGUGAGUUCUUCCAGCAUAGGAAGCUUAAAGAAUAUAGAAGACCAAUGCAAUUCUCAAAUGCUAUUGAUGAUUUAUUGUUUUAA